CGCCCUGCCAGACAACGUGACGACUAGAUAUAAUCUUAGGCUCGUCUUACACCAUUGUCCAUUCCUUCCUCCGUCUCUCUUCCUUCGGAUUACUGUUAUCUAGCAAGUGGUGGCCAUAGGAGCUCCCCAGGGGGGGGCGACAUUGGGGAUGAGGACAGAGGGCAAGGAUGGGAAGGAUGGCAAAGACGGCAAGGACGGCGAGCAUUCGAGGUCGCAUUCGAUGAAGAAGAGGAUGGAAUCGGUUCUCGGAUGGGCGGCCAGGAUUCUCCCGCGCUCCAACAGCGGCGGCAAGGGGCCCGGUGCGGGGCCGCGGGAAGAGAGCGAGGUGGAGCGGAGAGUGGUCGAGGCGCUGCGGCGGCGGAGAGAGGAGGACGAAGCUUCCGGGAAGAAGCGGAUCGUGCACUUUAAUACCCUGGUGAUGAAAUUCGCCAAGUCGGACGAGGCGUUCAAGCAGAUCCGGAAACAGUUCGACGAGUACGACAAGGACGCGAGCCAGUCCAUCGACCUGGAGGAGUUAAAGACAUGCUUGCACGCGCUGGGAGUGGCGAUAGCGGAGGAGGAGGUGAUGCAGCUGUACAAAGAGGCGGACAUGGACUGCAGCGACGGCAUGCAGUUCAAAGAGUUCAUCUUGCUCCUGGCGCUGCUAUAUCUCCUAAAGCCUAAUGCGCACUUCGCCCAGCCAGAGGUGGAGGCGGCGUUUGGGCUCAUAGCGGACGCGUUCAACUUCUUUGACGUCACGGGGGACGGCUUUCUCACGCAGGCCAAGGUGCAGCAGGCGCUGAGCGGCGGCAGGGAUUCCUCUCCUGGCCGCCUCGCAGGCCAAAGAUUCGCCGAGAUGGAUUACAACACGGACGGGCAGUGCACGUUCAACGAGUUCCUGUUCGCCUAUGUGGGAUGGGUGGGCACGGCAGAGGAGGACGAGGGGGACGCGGGGGAGGAGAGAGAGGAGCAGGCGAAGACCCCAAAGACCCCAAAGUCGCCAAAGACACCAAAGACGCCAAAAAGUCCGGGGAGGAGUAGAUGACAGGGGCAUGAGAGCAGUGGGUAGGGGGAGAGGACAGGAGAUGAGGGGGAGGAGAAAGAGGAGCACGUAACGACCCUACAGACUCCAAAAAUUAUGGGGAGGAAUAGAUGACAGGGGCAUGAGAGCAGGGCGUUGGGAGAGGGGAAAGGAGAUGAGGGGGGUGAGAGGAAGAAGUAGGAUCAGGCAAGGCCCCCAAAAAGGCAGGGACACUCCAAAGACACCGAAUAGUCCGGGAAGGAAUAGAUGCCAGGGGCGUGAGAGCAGUGGGUAGGUGACUCUCGAUGUGACAGCAGUGCGUAGGGAGAGAGGAGAGGAGAUAAUUGCUGGGGAAGAGGAGGAGGUGAGCUUGUUAGCAGCAGCGGGAUAGUAGUGAGCAUGUGGUGGCGGGCUAAGGAGGGAGGGGAGCGGAGCAUUGUGAGGAGGAGGGAGGAGAAUGAGCAGGCUAGCAGCACCAGGUUUGAAAGGAAGACAUGGCGGUUUGAGUGUGUGUGCGCCUUUGGUGCGGUGGGAGCGGGUUGAGGGGCGAGGAGACAAGAGAGGGAGCGAGCUCAGCUGCGGACCUCCCAGAGGCAACAGCCCUGCAAGAGAGGGGCCCCUUAGCUCCUCCCACCUGUGUUUCUGGUUAGGGAGGAGGGCUGUUUGCCCGAGGCUCAAGGGGUGGGGAGGGCCUAAGGAAGGGAGAAAAAGGUGGGGAGGGGGGGGGGUGGGGGGGGGGGGGGGAGGGGAGAGGGGGGAGGAGAAGGUUAGUGAAGUUCCGCGUGCUUCAACGGUGGAGAGAUGGGUUGAUUUUAAGAAAGACGCUUGGUUGGCGGCAUCGGCGUUGUUUUUUUGUAGCGUAGGGCUGGAUUGAGAGGAGGUGAGAGGAGUGGGGUGUGUCGGGUGGUGGUCAGAGGACGGGCGGAUGAAGAAGGUUCUAGAGAAUCUUAGAAAAGCAGGUGGUGAGGGGAUUGGGGUGUAUGGGGCGGUUGGAGGAGGAUGGACUGCUGGAGAAGGGGAGGGGAUGCCAUGUAAGAUAUGAUGGUUGGGGGGGGGAGGGGGGGGGGGGGGGGAGAUAACGAUUGGCAAGCCCUAUUAUGCAUCCACUAGAGCAGUGUGUGGGGCGAUGCAUGCGUUGUAGAGUUGGGCAAUGUUUUUUUACAUUAAUAGGUCCAAUGUAUUUCUUACGUGCAUUACUGUUAUUGGGCUGGUAGUAUCGUGCGUGAUUAUUGUACGCAUGGCUAGGAGUUGUUCUAUGAAGCUUUCAUGAUUUAGUACU